CCUAUAGAGAUAUGUUUGGAAAAACGUGUCAUAAACAGUACAACAAUUAAUGAUAUAUCAAAUCACGUGUAUAUAUUUAAUGACACUCAGAUCAUUUGCUUGGAGCAUGCCCCUGUUCUGACAAGAAGUACCAUUAUACGGGCAAGUGUGCUCUGCGUAAUUGCAGUUUUAUCUUUCUUCGGAAACUGUGCGACUAUGAUAAGUGUACGGAGGGGUAAGAGAUGUCGAAGACGAGUGCGGCCAUCGUGGACCGCUAUAUAUAGUCUCAUAUACCAACUCAGUAUAGCCGAUUUACUUGUGACCAUCUUCUGUAUAGCGGGAGAAGCAGGCUGGUCGUUUACAGUCCAGUGGUAUGCGGGAGCAGUCGCUUGCAAGCUGUUCAAAUUCAUGCAAAUGUUCGCAUUAUAUUUAAGUACAUUUAUACUCGUACUGAUUGGAGUCGAUCGCUGGUUGGCUGUUAAAUAUCCGAUGAAAAGCAUGGCCACUUCGACGAGGAGUGUUAGACUUGUAAUAAUAGCUUGGGUACUAAGUUUUGCUCUAAGUAUACCACAGGCUGUGGUCUUUCGAGUGGCAAAAGGUCCAUUUGUAGAGGAGUUCUACCAAUGUGUGACGCACGGAUUCUACACAGAGAGGUGGCAGGAACAAGCGUACACGACGCUCUCUCUUGUAAUCAUGUUUAUUAUACCACUUCUAAUAUUAAUAUCGACGUAUGUUUCCACGGUGAGGACCAUAGCAAGAAGCAAGAAGGUAUUUCAACCGGAAGUUACAAGACAGGACAAAUUUUUAGCAGCCGAUUUGAAUAGACGUCGACUCAUCGACAGAGCUAAAAUGAAAUCUCUACGGAUGUCGAUUGUAAUAGUAGCUGCGUUUGUCAUAUGGUGGACCCCGUAUUACGUGAUGAUGAUUAUAUUCACAUUUCUCGAUCCCGAUAAAGACCUAAGCGAGGAUCUUCGGUCGGGGAUAUUUUUUUUCGGAAUGUCAAACAGUCUAGUCAACCCUGUGAUAUAUGGCGCUUUUCAUUUGUGGCCGAAAAAGAGGCGUUCUCGACAUAGUGAAAGAGAAUCUGGAGGACGCCAAACGCACGCGUCUUUACUUCGAAGAGGUGAUAAUACUUCUUCUGUGCGGCUAACAACAAUAAGAUCUCUCAGAUCGUCGACUAAAUAUUCAAACGGACAGAACAUGAGCUUAUUAUAA